CUCGAAUGUCGAGCAAGCGGGCAUGUGCUGCGGAAUGCCUAGCUCACUGGAUCUAAUAAUUAAUAUGUUUUUUCUUGAACUGAUAUAUUCAAAACUGUGACUGUCAAAUACAGAUUUCACUCUACUCCACUUAAAUUUUUACUACUUUAUGUGCGUGUUACAAAGUGUCACCAUGUUCUUGAGAACAAAGCGUUUAGUGCGGAAAUUACUCGUGAUCCUGUCAAAUGUAAUUAUAGUUUGCUCGUUACAUGUUUUGAAAACAGGGCCAUUUUUAAUUUUAGAAUUUUGAAUACCUAGCAUCUUUACCAAUUUCAUUUCGGAGUGUAUGGGAUUUGAUUUCAUCUUGACAAUGUGUACAAAAUGGACACUGUGUAUUGUGUCUGUAUGGAUUUCUCUUUUGCAUACAAUGCACGGACAGUUGCUGUAUAACGAAAAUUCAAAUUCACAGCACAUCACACAAAACAUUGAAAGACGAGUGAUGUUAAAGCUUGAUGGAAUUAUGAAAGAAAAGAUAAAUGAAAUGGAUAAAAUCCAAAAGGAAAAUAUGAAGCAAUCCUUUAGAGCAGAACUAGAUCAGCUAAAGAGCAUGAUGGAGAAUAUGAUGACGAAUAUGACAGAAAGCUACAAAAAUUUAAGGAAUAUAUGCAAUUGUACAUACAAGGCCGUAGAAUACGACAAAACUGGCAUAGACUGUGCUGAUAUAUUAAAGAAAUUCCCAGAAACCCGAAACAAAAAUGGUGUAUACAAUAUCACCGGUCCACAGAAAGAUAAAAAGUCCGUAUUUUGUGAUAUGACAACAGACAAAGGCGGAUGGACGGUUAUUCAGCAAAGGAUCAACGGAGCGACGGAGUUUUACCGGAACUGGUCAGAAUACAAAAAGGGUUUUGGAAGUCCCAUUGAAGAUCAUUGGCUGGGGUUGGAGUUGAUGCAUACUCUUACUACAAAGAAAACAUACGAACUCCGUGUUGACGUGCAGAGAUUCAAUGGCGACCAGGCCUACGCAACAUACUCGACAUUUUCAGUCGCAAGCGAGGUGACCAAAUAUAGACUGAAUGUUAGUGGAUACACCGGAACUGCAGGUGACAGUAUGACGUACAGUGACGGGAUGAAAUUUUCAACGAAAGACCAGGAUAACGACGAUGACAGCGGGCAGUGCGCCACCUACUGGAAAUCCGCCUGGUGGUUUAAAUCUUGUUUCUACACGAAUCCUAAUGGUCAGUAUACGGACUCGGAAAAACGGGAUUGGAAAUACGUGGUAUGGUAUCACUGGAAAAAGGAAAACUUCUCACUGAAGAGUAUUAAAAUGAUGAUACGACCAAAGAACUAGACAAGCACUGAGAAGGGGCUUUACUCUCUAGCCUUUAACAGAUAACUGAAAAGGACAAGUAGUACAUUAGACGUCUUUAAUUCCACGGAGUUUUAAUUUCGCGGAUUAUCAUUUUUGGUUUGGUUCACGGGUAUGAAAUUCCGUUGAGUUGCAAAAAAGAAUUGACUUACACCUUUAAGUCCACUUGUGUGAAAUCACACGGAUUUUUUGUGCAAUGAACUUAUCGGAAAUAAAUACAGCGUGUACAAAA